GAAAACGCGACAAAAACAUCACGCGAUAAUAAUAAAACCGCCGCAAUACAAAGAAGAAACCCAUUCUUCUGUCGUCGUCGACGUCGUCUGCCGUCCGUCAGACGUGUGAAGACUGCCUCCGUGGAACGCGAGAAAAAAAUAAUUAUUGCCCGUGUUAUCAACAUUUUUAUCGGGAGCUUUGUGCUGAAGAAAAAAUCCUUCAAAGUGUGGUUUAGUCACCGAUUUUACGAACUUUGCGUGCUAUCCAGUGAAUGUGAUCUGUGGUGAGCGGCGAAAGCGUUGAACUUUGUGUCGAUUUGCGUUCGAAACGGAGGAACACCAUCAGCAGCCAAAAAGUCCCGUUAUGUUUUGGUUUUGAGUGAAUUUUCGGUCGUAAUCGAGGAACAGCAAAAUCACGCGAAAAUAUGUUUAAAAUCGAGUCCUACAUCACACCCAUUAUCCUAAGCUACGUGGAGAAGUAUGUGAAAAACAUCCGGCCGGAGGAUUCGCAGGUGUCCCUGUGGGGUGGCGAGGUGGUCUUCCAGAAUCUGGACCUGAAGCUGGACGUGCUGGAGGAGGAGCUGUCGCUGCCGUUCCAGUUCCUGUCGGGGCACAUCCAUGAGCUGGCGAUUCGCGUGCCGUGGACCAAGAUUGCCUCGGAACCGAUCGUCAUCACGAUCAAUACGAUUGAGUUUGUCCUGAAGCUCCGCGCCGCCGUUACGGUAGCAGCCAAAAACUCGGAUCGCUCGCUAAUCACGUGCACCGAGAGUGUCGAGUCGACCGGCAACCAGUCCGGCGGCAAUCAAUUAGGAAAUACGAGAUCUCUCAAUCACACUAAAAAAAAAUGGAAGCCCACAAUGAGCUUCCAAUUUCAAUAG